AACCAAAUGUACAAGUGAGUGAGCGUCAUCGGCCACUGGGAAACUUCAACUCCACCUUUGAGAGAAGACUUUAGUUUUACUGAAGCGCUUCUCUUUUAAGGACGUCAGCUGUCGGCGACAGAGAGACGAGUCCGAAGCGCAGCGCGAAGUUUCCAAGUCAGCACCAGGCCUGUGCUGCUCGGGGCGCGGGCCAGCGAUGGAUAGACUGAAGCUGUCCAACAUAGACGAGGAGCUGGACUCCUCCGAGGUGGCAGCGCUUCGCUUCUUGUGUCUUGAUGUCAUCAACAAGAAACGCCUGGAGGGGAUCAAAGAUGCAAAAGGGCUGUUUUUGAGACUAGAAGAAAGGGCUCUGCUCGACAACAGUAUGUUCCUCUCUGAGCUGCUCAACACCAUCCGUCGAACUGACCUCCUCAACCUGCUGGAGACGGACAGCAGGCGGCCAGAGGAAACGGACGCGAGCCCUACCCUGUCGGCAUACAGGGUGAUGCUGUACAAGAUAUAUGAUAACUUGACCCAGGAGAAUCUUGAGAAGAUGAAGUUUCUGUUGAGCAGCAAGCUAUGCAAAAGACAAAUGGAGGCCAGCGAUACAGCGCUGGAUUUAUUUGUUGAAAUGGAAAAGAGCGGUUUGCUGUCAAAUACUAAUCUUCAGGAGCUGCUGGCAGCACUGCAGGAGCUCGAUCAACCACUGGCGUUGACUGUACAGCGUCACAUAGACCUAAACCGUAUGACAACCAGUCACGCUCCCCAAUCACAUGUGCAUUUAAAUGUUGCACAGAUUGCACAGAGGGUCGACAACAGCUCUCAGCCCACACAACCCACGUUGUCCAUAUCUGAGACUCUGCAUUGUUAUGAAAGAGAGAGAAAUCACCCUAUUACUGAUGCAGAAACAGACCAAGAGUCGUCCUCUCUUCAUGAUGAGGCGGAGUACUACGCUCUGAAACACAACCCUCAUGGUUUAUGUGUGGUCAUCAACAACGAGUUCUUCCCGGGAACAACGCUGAGCACAAGAACCGGAACUCAGGAGGAUGCGAAGGCUCUGAGCAAAGUGUUCACCCGCCUUGGCUUCACAAUGGUGGUUCACAAUAACCUGACUGCUGGCGCCAUGCGACAGGAACUAAAAGAGCUGGGAAAAAAUAAUUUUUUGGAUCAUGAUGCCUUGGUGGUAUGCGUGCUCUCCCAUGGAGAAAAGGGAUGUGUCUCUGGGUCUGACGCGCAGCAGGUGUCCCUGCAAGAACUUACAGAGCCCUUCAGGAGCAAGAGAGCCUGCACCCUGACAGGGAAGCCCAAGCUGUUCUUUAUCCAGGCGUGCCAGGGUAGUGGCUACCAGGGAGGAUCCCUGCCGUGUGCCCCAACGCCAAGACAGGAGGUGGAGGUCGAACAGAGUCGCCUGGAGGAAGACGCAGGCCCCGUCCACGGCGAGACGGUUCCUUGGGACGCCGACUUCCUGCUGGGCAUGGCCACCGUGCUCGAGUGCAAAUCAUUUCGAAGCCCGUCCACCGGUUCCAUCUACAUCCAGGAGCUGUGCAGGCAGCUGGAACAAUCAGCAGAGAGCCGGGAGGAGGAUGACAUACUCACUGUUCUGACGCGUGUCAACAGGAACGUUGGCAAAGGAGAGUAUUUGUCCUACAAACAAAUGCCAGAGCCCAAGUACACUCUGACCAAGAAGCUUGUCCUCAAGUUCGUAUAAGCUGACUGGGACCGAGCGCAACGCUCCAAAUGUACCAGAUUCCCCAAUCCACGUGCGUGCGUAUGACUGUGAUUUGCGAGUAUGUACGUUUACUCUCUUCCUACAAUAUCGAUGGUUGCAUGAAUUUAAAUGUCUUUGUGUCUUUGUGGUUGUCCCAGAUAGCUGAUUUUUGUUAAUCUUGAGAACAAAUCACAGUGGCAAAUGAAAUGCUUACAGACGUCUUUAAGAGGAAAAGUCAUUUUUUAAUGAUGUAAUUAUGUAAUCUAUAGAACAAACAAAAAGUCGCAAUUUGGAAAAUUGUUUUUCAUUCAUGGUAUGUGAGUUUUCAGGAACCACAGCACAGCAACAGUUCACGAACCCUCCCUUGUAGAAUAGUGUGUAAACUCUGCUUUUAAACACCAUUAAAGCACUUUAUUGUGCACACACUCGCCGAACUAUUUCUGUGUCAUUUGAGGAUGAAGUCAUUUAGGGGGAAAAUAAUUAAAUUCUUCCCACCGCAAUGAUUGUCAUGUGCAGUGGUGAUUGUGUUGAGUCUGAAAUAUUCAAAUCAUGUUUUUUUCAUCAAAGUCAUGUUUACGAGAUAUACAAAUAGAGUUUGUUGUUAUUAAAGGGCAGUUCAGGGACUAAGAUGCCUGUAAUGUUGAUGUGAAAUCUCCUUGUGGUGGAUUUGUUAGUAUUAUGCACUUUGUAUGUAUUCGAGCAUGCAUGUGAUGUCAUGUGUGCAUGAAUAAAAGAAAGAAGAAAAAAACUUUA